AUGAAUCCAGAUAUUCAAAAAAGAAAUACUAUAAACGAAAAAUCAGCUAAUAAUUUUAAUACCACAAAUACGAACAACGUCACGGAAACAGAGCAAUUCAACGAGAAAACCUUUUCCUCUCAACAAGAUGUAAUAAACGAAAAACAAGAGUUGCAUCAUCAAAAACAAGAAGCUCAAGAUGAAAAUCAUCAUUUUGCAACUAAUCAGUUUGGACUUGAUCGUCCUGUAACCGUUAGUGAUGUUCUCGAAGGAAAAAUAACGCUCCCAUCUCCUAUCAGAAAAAUAAAUAAACCCCUCGAAAAGAAUCAUAAAGGUUCGAGUGAAAUAAAAGAGAGGAAUGAAAAAAGGAGGUUGUCAACAACAGAUUCUAUGCAAGAAUUUCUUGAAAUUCCCGAUUACAUUCCGGGAGAUUUUGAGAGAGAAAUAGAAGAAGAAAACCAUGAACAAUUUAGUUAA